UUUGCAUGUGCACGUAGUCGGUCUACUAUUCAGUAGUGUACUGGCACUUUUAAGUUAUUUUGCUUUAUAUUUGCUUUAUAAUAGUGUAUAUGUGUCCCCCUUCCCCAACUUUUUGGCACCUUUCAACGCUCGUGUAUUAUUACAGAUUAAAGAUAUAGGCAUACAUGCCUAUGGGCCUGUGGCAUUGGAACAAUAUCUGGAGGGGUAGCACAGUCUCUGGUGGGACUAGAGUUUUUAUCUUUUACAUAGGGCCUAUAAAGCACAAAAGAUAAUGACCAAAAUAAGAACAGAAAAUCUAAUGUUUAUACAUUUAUAAUGUUGGUAAAAUUAAUGCCAGUGACAGGAAAAGAAGGAAGUGGUUAGGAGACAAUUGCAGUAAUUUCGUCAUUGGUGUAGCGUCUCCAAGUGACAAAGACUUCUCCCUGCCAGGUCCUAUGCUUCAGCUGUUGCAUCCAUCAACUCUUCCAUCGCUCACUCGUUCCAUUGUCAUAUUCACCAACUUGGCUUCUUGGAGAAGCAGAGGCACCAGCAGGUCAGAUGAAUUCCAAUAUCUGGAAGCCAUUCAACAAAUUAUCGACCAUGGCGUGCGGAAAGGAAACCGAACUGGCACAGACACAUUUUCCAUAUUUGGAAUGCAGAUGAGAUACAAUCUGAAACAAAGUUUUCCACUCUUGACAACAAAGCGUGUGUUCUGGAGAGGGGUUGCUGAAGAGAUCCUGUGGUUUAUCAGGGGCUCGACGAAUUCCAAGGAACUCAGUGACAAAGGAGUCAACAUAUGGAAUGCUAAUGGAUCAAGAGCUUUCCUAGACAGUCUGGGAAUGACCGAACGAGAAGAAGGUGACUUGGGCCCGAUGUACGGGUUUCAGUGGAGACAUUUCGGAGCCGACUACAAAGAUAUGCACACGGACUACAGUAGACAAGGAAUCGACCAGCUCCAGUCUGUCAUCGAGAAAAUCAAAAACAGUCCUGAUGACCGGAGAAUCGUUAUGUCAGCGUGGAAUCCACCAGAUCUUCCUAAGAUGGUUUUGCCUCCCUGUCAAUGUUUGGUUCAGUUCUAUGUAGCGAAUGGAGAACUGUCUUGUCAGAUCUACCAGAGGUCAGCUGACAUGGGUUUAGGAGUUCCAUUCAACAUUGCAAGUUAUUCUCUCUUAACUUGUAUGAUUGCACAUGUGACUGGCCUCAAGCCUGGUGACUUUGUGCAUACAUUGGGAGAUGCACAUAUUUACGUUAACCACAUAGAGCCGUUGAAAGUGCAGUUAACCCGUGAGCCAAGACCAUUUCCAAAACUGAUUAUUAAAGGGGAGGUGGACAGCAUUGAUGAUUUCACAAUGGACAAUUUGGAACUCGUGAAAUAUAACCCUUACCCAAAAAUCAAGAUGGAUAUGGCUGUGUAAUCAGCAGAUGGUUUUUUGUAUAAAUGACAAAAAUCACAACAAAUAUAGAGCUCUGUAGAUCAUCACUUGAUUGUGUAAUGUGGACAAAAAUAAUCACAAACAUUGUGGUUACAGGGUUUGAGCUGCUGCCAAUUUCAAAUAAGUGUUUGAUUUGGUGAUGAUAUUUAA